UCAAAACUUUCCCCCACCCCAAAGCACAGCCCUCUCCUUCCCCACGGAGUCCACUCUCAACGUGCUGAAGUGGGAAGGAGGUGGUGUUUUGCUGAUCUGUUAAAUUCUUAGCGAAGUUUCCUUGAUUUCCAGCGGCUGCUGUUGUUGGGAGUUUGGUUUGGAUCAAAACUGAGGUUGUCCUGGCAUUUCUGGGACCGAGUCCAGGCAAGAGGAAGAAGAAAAAGAAGGAGAAGGAAAAGAAGAGGAAAGAAAGAAAGAAAAAAAAAAAGGUGGAGAGACGUAAAGGAGGGGACAAGCGCAGGAAAAGAAAAAAAAGUCCUUUUUCAACAUCACAUUCCUGUGUUUUCCCUCAGCCUGGAAAACAUAUUAAUCCCAGUGCUUUCACGCUCGGAAACAAAGGGACUCAGCCAGACUGUGGGGGAAAGGGUGAUAAGAAGGAUCCUGGAACUCUAAAGAGAGAGAGAGCAAGAUUGAGGAGUAGCUGGGACUCCACUCUCAGGGGCCCCUGCGUCGCCGGCACAGGGGACUGGCACACACAGCCACUCGGGACGAGCAGAAACUACAGACAAAUGGAGAUGCAAAGCCUCGCAAGGACAGCUCCUUUCCCCUCAUCCUACUUGUCAAGAAGGUGAAAAGACAGCCAGGGGAAAGAGGAAAGCAGCUCGGCCGGGGUCAGGACAGGCGGUGGCCGGUGGCGCCUUUGGGAGCCGGAGCUGCCCGCACCCCCCUUUGUGCUGCUGAGCCUGAGCCGGGCUGCGGAGAAGGAGGCUUGGGAGGAAGAGGAUCUCAUGUAGGAGACCGUCCUGGGACCACGCCUGGGAUUGCCUUUUAAACCCUCUGCAUUCCAUCUCCAUGAGCCACAACCGGAUUGCACAAUGACAUGGACAACGGCACUCAGCUUUGCCAUGCUGGUGGCAGUGUGGCUGGUGUGCGGCUCCGAACCCCACCUCCCUGCCGCGAAGAGGGGGAGCCACGGGGCGCGGGGAGCACCCCUGGUGUCCCCAGCCCCCAGAAGGCCGGCCCGGCUUCUGAGGCACGCGGGGAGGUCCCGGGGGAUCGGGAGAGGCGCCCUGGAGGAGCCGAGCCUCCCGCCCCCCCUAAGGAGGAGGGGUGUGCCGGUGCCCAGGGCGGCGCCCCCCGCGCCCCCCGCGCCGCCGCGCAUCAGCGGGGCCCCCGCGAGGCCUAAGCAGAGACCAGGGGCCCCCAGGUCUCCCCGGGACAUGAUCCGAGACGAGGGGACCUCGGCUCGCUCGAGGCCCUUGCGUUGGCCCGCGGGGUCCGGCUCGCCCAACGUCCUGGCCAGCUUUGCGGGCAAGAGCAGGGUGUGGGUCAUCUCGGCCCCUCACGCCUCCGAGGGCUACUACCGGCUCAUGAUGAGCCUGCUGAAGGACGACGUGUACUGCGAGCUGGCGGAGAGGCACAUCCAGCAGAUCGUGCUGUUCCACCGCGCGGGCGACGAGGGGGGCAAGGUGCGCAGGAUCGGCAGCGACGGCCGCGUGCGGGAGCAGCGCCUGGAGCCGGGCCUCGUGCCCAAGCUGAUGAGCUUCCUGCAGCUGGAGCACGGCAAGUUCGGCAUGGUGCUGCUGCGCAAGACGCUGCAGGUGGAGGAGCGCUACCCGUACCCCGUCCGGCUGGAGGCCCUGUACGAGCUCAUCGACCAGGGCCCCGUCCGCAGGCUGGAGAAGAUCCGGCAGAAGGGCUUCGUGCAGAAAUGCAAGGCCUCCGGGGUCGAGGGCCAGGUGCUGCAGGAGGACGGCAGCGACGGCGGCGGCGGAGCGGGCAAGCAGGGCCGCGCGCCGGGGCCGCCCUCCAGGGCCGGCCGGCCCACCGCGCCCCCCGCCCCCGCCCCGACCCCGACCCCGACCCCGACCCCCAGGGCCGCCACCCCGCCUCCCGCCGCAGCCCCCGGCCGCCCGGCGAGCCCCACGGCCCCGCCCGCCACGCAGAGGCCCGGGACCCCCAGGGCGCCCCCGUCCUCCGCCGCCCCGCACGGCCUCUCCCCGCAGCCGCGGAGGGAGAGGCCGCAGGGCGCCCGCAGGCCCGGCAAGGCGGGCGGCUCGGAGAGCCUGGCCGCGCCCCCCCCCACGGCGCCCGGGCAGGGGCAGGGGCAGGGGCAGGGGCAGGAGCACGGGCAGGGGCACGGGCAGGGGCAGGGGCAGGGGCAGGCCGCGCGCGCCCGGGACAACCGCACCGACCGGCGGGAGCACGGCCCCCGGGGCCCCGAGGGCGGGCCCGCGCACCCCAAGCCCGCCAAGGGCAAGGCCGCCCCGAAGAAAGGCCAGGACAGAACCGGGAGCAACGAGUACGAGAGUAAGUAUGACCCCGGCAGGCCCGGCGCCUCUCAGCGGGACCCCGAGCUGCGGGGGGGCGACGGCCGCGCUCCCAAGGCCAAGGCCAGGGAGGCCAAAAAGCACGAGAAGCUCGAGAAGCUCGAGAAGCUCGAGAAGCCCGAGAAGGAGAAGAGGAAGAAGCUGAAAAGCGAGAAGGCAGACAAGUUGCUCAAGGCGAAGAAGGAAAAGGCUGAGAAAAAGAGCCGGCAGGAGAAGGAGAAGAGCAAGAAGAAAAAGGCAGGUAAAACGGAGCAGGAGGGCUACCUGACGCCCACGGCGCAGCACGUGGCGCACAGUCCCGGGAAGUCGGUGACCCACCUGCUGGGGUCCUUUGAAGGCAAGCGGAGGCUGCUCCUGAUCACGGCUCCGAAGGCUGAGAACAACAUGUAUGUGCAGCAGCGAGAUGAGUAUCUGGAAAGUUUCUGCAAGAUGGCCACCAGGAAGAUCUCUGUGAUCACCAUCUUCGGCCCUUUCAACAACAGCACCAUGAAAAUCGACCACUUCCAGCUAGAUAAUGAAAAACCCAUGCGAGUGGUGGAUGAUGAGGAUUUGGUAGACCAGCAUCUCAUUGGUGAGCUGAGGAAAGAGUAUGGAAUGACCUACAAUGACUUCUUCAUGGUGCUCACAGAUGUGGACCUGAGAGUCAAGCAAUACUAUGAGGUACCUAUCUCGAUGAAGUCUGUGUUUGAUUUGAUCGAUACAUUCCAGUCCCGAAUCAAAGACAUGGAAAAGCAGAAGAAGGAAGGCAUUGUUUGCAAGGAAGACAAGAAGCAGUCAUUGGAGAACUUCUUAUCCAGGUUCCGAUGGAGGAGGCGGUUGCUGGUGAUCUCUGCCCCUAAUGAUGAAGACUGGGCCUAUUCACAGCAGCUCUCAGCCCUCAGUGGCCAGGCCUGCAAUUUUGGUCUGCGCCACAUAACCAUUCUGAAGCUUUUAGGGGUUGGAGAGGAAGUUGGGGGAGUGUUAGAACUAUUCCCAAUUAAUGGGAGUUCUGUUGUGGAGCGAGAAGACAUACCAGCCCAUUUGGUGAAAGAUAUCCGGAACUAUUUUCAAGUGAGCCCAGAGUACUUCUCCAUGCUUCUAGUUGGAAAAGAUGGAAAUGUCAAAUCCUGGUAUCCUUCCCCAAUGUGGUCCAUGGUGAUUGUGUAUGACUUAAUUGAUUCGAUGCAACUCCGGAGACAGGAAAUGGCCAUUCAGCAAUCACUGGGGAUGCGCUGCCCAGAAGACGAGUACGCAGGCUACGGUUACCAUAGCUACCACCAAGGAUACCAGGAUGGUUACCAGGAUGACUACCGUCAUCAUGAGAGUUACCACCAUGGAUACCCUUACUGAACAGAAAUACGUAACCUUAGCCCCAGCCAGUUUCCCCUGCAGCUGUUAAAGCCACAAGUGGCCAGCUACGUAAAGAAGUUUUUCCACACUGCCUACAUUCCUUGCCUUUUUCUUUCCGUGUUCUUCCAAAAUUAAAUAAAUAGCAAACUUUUGUCUACUC